ACAGCCACCAAACAGGAACAUGUCCAUUCAGUUGUUACCUGUUUAAUACUUUAGGACAUUAAAGUUUGGAAGGUGGGAAGACGCAAACAUUACCUAAAAUAACUCGACCUCCUGUUAGUAAUAAGGAAUCAGCAUAGUCAUUCAACAUUUAAAUCGUUUGCUAAGGAUAGUUUUUCUAAGUAGAAAACUUAGAAAAAAGUUUCUAAGAAGAGUGGGCCUGAGGUACGAAGACAUUAGGCAGGGAAGCAAACACAAAGUGAGCCACCAGCUGUCAGCGGCUGCCCAUGAAGCUCCACCUCAUGGAUUCCCCUGUGGCCAAGAGUCUCGGAGCUGCUGGUAACAACGGUUAGCCUAGGAGACACAACAGAGGGGAAAGCAGUAGGAAGACUCUUACUUAGACAGACUGCCCUAAUGCUGAAAAGCUCUUCAAGGUAUUACCUAUAAAUAAACGUCAACUGCUUACGUUAAAACAAAUAAAAGGACUAGCGAAUAGCUAUAACUAUACUAUAACAUUCAAAUGAAAUGAGCCCAUUUAUGCAAAGAGAGGGUAGUGAAGAUCCUUGUUUGGUCUGAGUAGAAAAUCGGGUUAAGAGUGACGAUAAAUACGAGUUCCUACCAGCAAGCCAGUUGAGGUUACAAACCACCUUGAGCUAUGUUGAGUUCAGGGUUCAUUUCUCAGCAUCAGAGUGCCACGCUCUCAGACUCCUUUUGUAGAGGUUCACUUUUCCAUGGAAGAACAAUAUACUGAGUGCACACAGGUACUUAUGUGUGUCCAGAAAUACAUACACAAUAAAAGUAGUGAGCUCUUCCCAAGACGCUCCCCAGAUUUUUAGUUGAAUAUACUUAGAAAUGCACCAAUCACUGGGAAAGAAGAGUGAGCUCACUAAUCAAAAUUCACCUGUAACCCUUUCAUCAUCCUUUCAUAACCUCCCCUCCCCCAAGAAUAUCAAAUGAUUCAUAAAAUGCAGGCAGGAAAAAAUACCUUCCGUGUCAUAGGGAAAUUUCUUAGAAAUGUCCACACCUGGCAUAGUAAGUCAGAAACUUUGAAGGUAUGACCUUCAAAUGCAGUUUUAGCUGGGUGUUUCUUCUCCGGCUGUAAUUUGAGAAGCACCAUUUUACUACACAAAGCAGAUGCUGAUUUUUGGUGAUCGAGCAGUAGUUCAAACCAAACCUGAAUGUUUUCUAGUUAAGGGUGGUACUUUCCCACAAUCUGUAGUAAAAAGAAAGUAAAGACUGCUAACAGCAAAAGACUUCAGACGGUUAUAUAAAAGCCGUGAGACUUUUAAAAAGAGGAGUAAAAUGCUGCUAGGAAAAGAAUUCAACAAACUUGAAAGUGCAAACAGGGCGGAUGGAACAGAUGUGGUAAUUGAUGUUACCACUUAGGAAAGUGUGAAAAGCAGUUAAGUAAUUUUGAGGAAACUCGAUUUCUUCCACAGAACCCAAAUAGGUUGAGUAGUUGAGAUGGGGCAAUGUAAAGAAAGUUCCCAGUAGAGGCCACUCCCCAGGUGAUGAGUAGCCUUCCCUUCCAAGGCCAUCAAAAUCCCACUUCCUUUUGCGUAGCCCAUGGGCGGGGCAGGCAAGGUGGACUGUCGCCUGGCCCCUUGGGCGCAGUUGGAGGAUUCUGGAGUGCUGGCUCGCGUCAUCCAGAGUGAGUCCCUCUGAGAGGCUUUAGGGAGAGCUGUGCGACAGCUGCACCACUAGCAAGGGGUUGGGACUCACGACUGCCAGGAGCCAGCUGUCCACCUUGCAGACCUCAGAGCAGAAGGAGCCUCAGUUUAAAUCAUGGAGAAGCACGGCAAGCAAACCGAGCCUCCCUACCCGGGACCAUAUUUGCCAGCUAUCCAAGGACCACCAGAACAUGCUGCUUACCCCAUUCCUCAGGCUGACUACCAAGGGUCCCAGGGUCCCUAUCCAGGACCGCAGGGUCCAUAUCCAGGGCCCCAGGGUCCCUAUGCAGGGCCUCAAGGUCCCUAUCCAGGGCCCCAGGGUCCCUAUGCAGGGCCCCAAGGUCCCUAUCCAGGGCCCCAACCUGGCUACCCAGUUCCACCAGGCAGUUAUGCAGGUGGUGACCCAAGUGGCUUUCCUGUCCAACAUCAGCCGGCGUAUAAUCACCCAGGUGGACCUGGGGGCACCCCAUGGAUGCAAGCACCACCUCCACCCCUGGACUGUCCGCCUGGGCUGGAAUACUUAACGCAGAUAGAUCAGAUUCUGGUUCAUCAGCAGAUUGAACUUCUGGAAGUCUUAACAGGCUUUGAAACAAAUAACAAAUAUGAAAUCAAGAACAGCCUUGGGCAGAGGGUUUACUUUGCGGUGGAAGAUACGGACUGCUGCACUCGAAACUGCUGUGGGGCGUCUAGACCGUUCACCUUGAGGAUCCUGGAUAACAUGGGCCGAGAAGUCAUGACUCUGGAGAGACCCCUGAGAUGCAGUAGCUGCUGCUUCCCCUGCUGCCUCCAGGAGAUAGAAAUCCAGGCUCCUCCUGGGGUGCCAGUAGGUUAUGUGAUUCAGACCUGGCACCCAUGUCUGCCAAAGUUCACUCUCCAAAAUGAGAAGAGGCAGGACGUUCUAAAGGUCGUUGGUCCGUGUGUUGUGUGUAGCUGCUGUUCAGACAUUGACUUUGAGCUCAAAUCUCUAGAUGAGGAAUCCGUUGUUGGCAAAAUUUCCAAGCAGUGGUCUGGUUUUGUGAGAGAGGCCUUCACGGAUGCAGAUAACUUCGGGAUCCAGUUCCCGCUGGACCUGGAUGUGAAGAUGAAAGCUGUGAUGCUUGGCGCUUGUUUCCUCAUAGAUUUCAUGUUUUUUGAAAGAACUGGAAAUGAGGAACAAAGGUCAGGAGUAUGGUAGUAGUUUCCCAAGAUUCCUCGGCUGUAAGGACUGCAUGCCGAUAGACGCUGAGAGGAGAUCAAGGAAUCAAAGGAACGCACCAUGGCUUCUUUUCCUUUACUGAAAUAACUUUAUAUCAAUUAACCUGUGAUGGCUGUAGGCCCUUUUGUACAAUUGUGCUCUCAAAUUAGAGUUUAUUUUCUGUAACUCUGUCAUGUAUUUGUUUUUAUACAUUCUUAAGGUUGUCACUGUGAAUUUGUGAAAAAAAUAUAUGAAUUUAUCAACAUAGAAAUGAUCUUGUCUAUGAAAAGAGGCUUUGACUUAGUCUUUCAUUCAUUUUCAUUUUUAUGAAAACUUAAAUAUAUUGUAAUUUAAUAUAAAGCUACAUAUUAAAUGUAAUUUAAUUUA